CCAGUUCUGCCAAUAUUUUCCUUGCUCCAGGUUCAUCUCUCCGGAACGUGCAAUUCGCCCGGAGCCAGGGCCAGGGGCGCACGUGACGCAUAUGCGGGAAAGAUUGUCGGACCUGGUGCAGAGGGCGCCACAGGCGCCAGUCGUGUGCUGCGGGAUAUGCGUGUCCCCACAUGUGGUGCCAGGCACCCCGUGACUGGAACGAUUGUAUGAGACCGAGUUCCAGGUUGUGGCAGCCAUGUGAAUUAUGGCAUUCACAUGUCACCACACCGUUCCAACGGGCCCUGCCACCUCGCCCAGUAAUGUGGUUCAUGUGGUCCGUAGCAUCCGGAGUAGGAACCCACGCCUACCACCUUGCCACGGGCACUGGCGCACCGGAAAAACUUUUCUUGCAGUGCCCGGCUAACCUGCAACUAUUCCUGGCGUGCUCAUCGCCAAUCCGACAAUCCCUUGUGCCCCACACCGGAAAAACUGACGGACGCUGGGCAAUUUGUGGGUUGGCCACGUUUCUUUUGCGCUCUUUCCCAAAAGAAACACUCUCGCCAUAUUAUUUUUUGCCCCAACAGUAUCUGCUCCGCAGGAUCCUGUGCUGUUUUAGUCUCCAGCGCCAGGGCUGCGUUCACAGAACCAUUCCCAAUUCUAUUGGCUGCUCCCCACCAUACUGUCGGGGCUAGCUUGGGGCCACCGUUCCGAAAAAUAUCGCCGGGACGCAUGCACCUAGUGGACACAAUCCCAAUCAGUACUAGGUGCCCCCCUCUCUCGCUUCUAGUAUAUAGUGUCAAGGGUACCUCUGAUUU